AUGGCAGAAGUGAAGCUCUUUAGGACAUGGUCAAGUCCUUUUGCUUUGAGAAUAGUUUGGGCAAUGAAACUCAAAGGUGUCCCAUAUGAAACAAUCUAUGAAGAUCUUUCAAACAAAAGCCUUUGCUUCUUCAUUCUUGAAUACAUGGAUGAAAUUUGGAAGGAAAAUCCCUUGCUGCCUGAAGAUCCUCUUGAGAGAGCCGCUGCACGCUUUUGGGCCAAAUUUGGUGAUGACAAGGUAACCUAA